AUAGUUCGAUGCUGUACAACAAAAAUUAAAACAUCUAUGACAAAUUGAAUGGAAUAAAAGCAUUAAUGCAGACUACCAAGAAUUUGUAAGAGUGCUUGUGCUUGGUAAGUGAUGGAGAUCGGUAAAGCAAUGGCGUAGGUAACCAGUGCGUCUGAAUGUGUGGUGUAAAAAGAGUAUCGUCGAUUUAACAGACUAUUUCGACGAUCGAAAAGAAAUGUCAAACCGCGAUCCGGACAAUUUGAUGGCCACGAACGAUGAGAGCUUCGAUUAUUUGUUCAAGAUCGUACUUAUCGGUGAUUGUGGAACGGGUAAAACGUGUGUCGUUCAAAGAUUUCGAUCUGGCACAUUUAUCGAAAGACACGGAAGCACGAUCGGCGUUGAUUUUUCCAUGAAAACCGUACUGAUCGAUAACAAGAAGGUCAAGUUGCAAAUAUGGGAUACAGCUGGCCAAGAGAGAUUUCGUACAAUAACUCAAAGUUAUUAUAGAUCUGCCAAUGGUGUUAUUGUAGUUUAUGAUAUUACAAAGAGGUCAACCUUUUUAAGUUUACAACAUUGGGUUGAAGAAGUAAGAAGGUACACUUCGUCGCAUGUAUUGUUAGUCUUAGUUGGUAAUAAAUGUGAUUUAGAAAGUUUACGGGAAGUUGAGAAAGGAGAGGCUGAUGUUCUUUGUCAGUAUCUUCCUGAAGUUUUACAAGUAGUGGAAACAUCAGCCAAAGAAAAUACCAAUAUAGAUUCAGUAUUUUUCUAUCUGGCAUCUGAGCUCAAAAGACGACACGAGAAUCGACAAAUAAACGCAAAUGAAGAUGAAAUUGUCAAACUUGGCACAGGAAGAAAAUUGUCUUCGUGUUCUGGCUGUUCAUACAAAAUAUUUUAAAAAUGGCUCUAAAGAAACAAUUUAUAUAUCCUUCUAAGUUCAAACUUGUACAUAAGGUAGAAGAACAAAGUACAACAUUUUUUAUAACAAUUCAAAUAAUGUGAUAUUAAAACAUUUCGAAUUUUGUGUGUCUUACAAGACAAAGAAAAAUAAUCAUUGCAAUGAGCCAAUAUUUUAUACAAUUAUGAAACAAUAAUGUAUUGAAUCUAUUGUACUAAUCUGAUAAAUUAUUGUCAUCUACAGUUUUAGCACACAUUAUACACUGAAUGUUUUAAACUUAGAUCUUUGUAAAUAUAGGUGCAUAGAUUUUAUAUAUUACUUCUACAAUAAUUAUAUACUUCGAUUAUUUAUAAAAAUAUAGUAAGAGUAGAUGUUCGUAUUUAUUUAUAAUGAAUUGAAUCUCUGAGCACAGAAGUAAUAUAUUAAUAUAUUUUUUUAAAUAAAAAAUUUACUAAUGUACUAUUUUUGAAUAUUGUUGUAAUACUGAAAUGACUAGAAUAAAAUCGUAAUGAAGUUCUAUUUUCA